AAAGGUAAACUUCGGCACAUUAAUCUCUGAACAUAUUUCUUAAUUUUUUGAGCACACUCCUUUGGUAUUAUCGAACAUUUUACUAAAUCAAUAAAUAUUACUCGGUUAUUCUGCAAGUGCAGAGUGUCUGAUUAAAAGAAAACUAUCGAGCGAAUUGAGUAUUAAAGGGAAAAUAAUGGCACUGAGAAUAACUUCGUCCCUUUUGAAAUCAGCCAAUGGACAAACCUUGCAGCAGCUCAAUAAAUUUUCAACAUCUGCUAAGGCAUGGAGUCGUGGACAAAAAACUUUGGCAAUGCUAACAGGAAUAACUGUUGGUGGUGCUAGUGCUUUACUAUUUGCUUUAGAAUCUUCUGUAAGAGCAUCAGGAGGUGAAGUCCAUCCCCCUGAACAACCAUGGAGCCAUAAUGGAAUUAUCCAAUCAUUAGACCAUGCAAGCAUCCGACGUGGCUAUGAAGUCUACAAGCAAGUCUGCGCUGCUUGUCACUCAAUGAAAUAUAUUGCUUACCGUAAUCUUAUUGGUGUUUCUCAUACUGAAGCAGAAGCUAAAGCUGAAGCUGAAGAAGCUAUGGUGAAAGAUGGUCCUAAUGAUCUCGGAGAAUAUUUCAUGAGACCUGGAAAACUCUCUGAUUACUUUCCUAGCCCAUAUCCAAACGAAGAAGCAGCUCGUGCUGCAAACAAUGGAGCGUAUCCACCUGAUCUCAGUUGGAUUGUGUCAGCUCGAAAAGGUGGCGAGGAUUAUAUUUUUGCAUUGUUAACUGGUUAUCAUGAUCCACCAGCUGGAAUUGUUUUACGCGAAGGUCAAUAUUAUAAUCCUUAUUUCCCGGGUGGCGCCAUUGGUAUGGCUCAAGCUUUAUACAACGAAGCUUUGGAAUAUUCCGAUGGUACACCAGCAACUGCUAGUCAGUUGGCAAAAGAUGUUUCAGUUUUCCUAAAAUGGGCUUCUGAACCAGAAUGGGAUGAACGCAAACGUAUGUUUAUUAAAGCUAUGGGUAUGUUAUCAAUUCUCAUUGGAUUGACUUAUUACAUAAAACGCCACAAGUGGUCAUCGUUAAAAUCGAGAAAGAUCUCUUAUCAUCCGAGAUCAAAAUCAGAGUAGAAAAUCUUAAACGUAUGCAGUGAAAUAAAUGCAAAAAUCUACCCACACAUCCGUUAAAACGAUUAUAAUUAUAAAUUAAUUAAAUUGAACAUUUUCUUCUCCAUUUUUGAGAAACCAGAGUGUUUUAGCAAAUGUAAAUGGAAAUACAAUUCCAGUUGAUGGUCAAAACAAAAAUAAAAUUAAUAAAUUAAAAAAAAACUACAAUUGUUUGAACUGCUAUUAAAUUUUAUAGAAAGAUGAGAAAAACAAACGUUUUAAGGCAUUCUUUUGUUGUUCUCCCCGCACAAAAGGU